UUGCCACCAAAAACAUGACAGGAAGGAAACGUGUGUUGGAAGAUGAAUCAACUGCUAGGGCAAAUCAAGAUGAUAAUGCUGAAACCAGUUUGAAACCAAGAAGUCUUCCGCCUGCACACUACAUUUUUAAGAUUCAAAACUUCUCUUUGCUUUCCGACGCAAAAGCAGAGUGCUUCCAGUCUGCUGAUUUUGAGGUCGGCGGCUAUAAAUGGAACUUAUCUCUGUAUCCUCGAGGGAAUAAGAAAAGAAAUGGGGAUGGAUACAUAUCUUUAUAUCUUCUGCUCUCCGACUCCAACCAACUCACUUUCAAUCAAGAGAUUAAUGUUAAUUUCAAGCUGUUCAUUUAUGAUUAUAUUCGCGACAAGUAUUUGACUGUCCAAGAUGCUGAUGAGAAAGUACGGCGGUUUCAUGGAAGUAAAAAAGAAUGGGGAUUUGACAAACUCGUUUCCGUCACUGAUUUCAAAGAUGAAUCCAACGGAUACUUAGUGGACGACUGUUGCAUUUUCGGUGCUGAGAUUUUUGUCAUAGAAAAUGCCAACAAAGGAGAGUGCUUGUCCAUGGUGAAGAAGCCUGCAAACAAUACAUAUACAUGGACAAUUGCAAAAUUUUCAGAAUUGAAUUUAUCACAUAACAUUUCGCAAGUGUUUACCAUUGGUGGCAAUAACUGGAGCAUUACGGUUCAUCCAAAAGGGGAUUCAAGAGAGAAAGACAAAAGCUUAUCCAUAUUUUUAAAACUAGAGAAUCAUGCAAGUUUUGACAAUGGAAAAAAGUUAUAUGUGGAAUACAUGCUACGAGUACGGAAUCAGCUUGUGGGACAACAUCGUGAAUUGGACGGUUAUAUUAAGUUUUCGUCGACUACGAGCUCAUGGGGUUAUUCAAAAUUUAUGUCUCUCAUUGAUCUCAAUGACAAAUCAAAGGGGUUUCUAUUUAAUAAUACUUUAAUUGUCGAAGUAGAAAUUCAAACCAUGACCGUGCUUAAAGGUUUAUCUUGAAGUAAAGGAGAAUUUAACUUUUUUUGGAUUUUAAUAGUCUUUGAUUUUAACCAGUUAAAAUGGGACUGGAUUGAUACAAUAUGUAGAGAAGUUCUAUUCAUGUAUUGAAUGGUAAUGCAAUUGAUGUCCCUAAUGAUUUUCA